CAACCAAAUCCAGUUCAUGUUGUUUUAUAUUCGUACGGUUUCGCAUAAAUCUCUCUUCGCUAAUUGACAGAAAAAGGGAAGCUCUUCUACUUGCUAGGAUGGAGUCUGAUCAUCAUGACAUCAGUGAAAAUCUAUUGAAAAACAAAAGAUAUUUUGAAGAGUGUGGUGAUGAGGAGGUAAAAUUAGGGGAGAAGAUAUGGUUAGAGAUGAAGAGAGUGUCGGUCGUGGCUUUCCCAGCAAUAUUUACCAGAUUCUCAACAUUUGGGAUUAGUGUCAUCAGCCAGGCAUUUAUUGGCCACAUUGACCCUAUUGAUCUUGCAGCCUAUGCUUUGGUACAAUUUGUACUGCUCAGAUUUUGCAAUGGAGUAUUGUUGGGAAUGGCGAGUGGAUUGGAAACACUAUUAGGGCAAGCAUUUGGUGCUAAGCAAUAUCACAUGAUGGGAAUAUGUCUCCAAAGAUCAUGGAUUGUCUUGUCCACAACCACAACUUUCUUCGUACCGGUGUUUUUCUUCACCACCUCGAUAUUUAAAGCACUGGGGCAAGACGAAGACAUUGCGCAAGUGGCAAGAACCGUUUCCCAUUGGUUUAUACUGGUGGCAUAUGCAUACAUUGUAUCGUUCACCUGUCAAAUGUACCUACAAGCACAGUGCAAGAACUUUUUUCAUUUCGUACCUCGCAGCUACCACGCUGGCGAUUCACAUUUCAUUGUCCUGGCUCUUGACAGUGAAGCUCAAAUAUGGACUUUCAGAGGAUGCAGAGAAACUUGGACUGGUUUUUCGUUCAUGGCAUUCAAGGAUCUUGUGCCUGUCAUCAAGCUUUCCUUGUCUGCUGGUGCCAUGGUUUGUCUUGAAGUCUGGUACAACUCGAUAUUGAUUCUUCUUACGGGAAACUUGCAGGAUGCUAAGAUUCAUAUUGAUGCUUUGUCUAUAUGCCUCAACAUGAGCGGGUGGGGAAUGAUGAUAUCUCUCGGUUUCAUGGUUGCAACAUACAUGCGAGUUGCGAAUGAGCUGGGAAGGGAAAGUGCAAAGGCUGCCAAGUUAACAAUCAAUGUGGUUUUGCUAUCUUCCUUCACCAUCGGACUAGUGAUAUUUCUGUUUUUGUUAUUCCUUCGUGGGAGGCUGGCUUACUUGUUCGCCAACAGUCAGGAAGUGGUCGAGGCAGUUGAUCAGUUAUCACCUUUGUUACAAGUUUCUGUCCUUCUGAACAAUGUUCAGCCUGUGAUUUCUGGAGUUUCUAUAGGAGCUGGAUGGCAGAGUCAAUGGCGUUUGGAUUGGAAUGCUAUUUGGUACGCUCGUACAGACAAUUGUGUUACUUAUAAUCACUUUCAGAACAGAUUGGGACAAACAGGUAACUAUUGCUUCAUCGCUUACGGUCGGUUACCUUUUAAUACUUACUGUUUUGCGAAAAAAUACACUUUUUAGAGAGCGAAGGUAGUACUUCAUUGUACUCAUUUUUUCAUUGUCGUCUGGUGCUCCAGGUUGCAGAUGCCUAGCUGCGCGUGCGUAGUUAGAUUGUAGAACCCAAAUCUGACGGCACAAACGGUUCAGAUGGUUAAUGUACCACACUAUGUACUUUGUGUGUAGUUAUGUUGUAAUGAAACAAAAAGGAACAAGCUAU